CAGGGAAAAUAAAUUAACCACACAACCAGCACGGCUUUAACGCACAGGAGGCGGCUCCCACCAACCACGGCGACGGCGGCAGCGGCCACGGAGGAGGGCGGCGGAUCAGCGGCGCCGGCGAUGGCGUCCGUGGCGGCGGUAGAGGGCGCGGCGGCCGCGCUCCGGUCGGUUCUGUCGCGCGCGCAGCAGGCGGCGGCGCGGUCGGGGCGCUCGCCGGAGUCCGUGCGCGUGGUGGCCGUGAGCAAGACGAAGCCCGUCGGCGUCAUCCGCGGCGUGUACGACGCCGGCCAACGCUGCUUCGGCGAGAACUACGUGCAGGAGCUCAUCGACAAGGCCCCCCAGCUCCCCGAGGAUAUUGAGUGGCAUUUCAUUGGGAACCUGCAAAGCAACAAAGCCAAAGCCCUCCUAGCUGGUGUACCAAAUCUUGACAUGGUUGAGAGCGUAGAUGAUGAGAAGAUUGCUAAUCGUCUUGAUCGGGUGGUAGCUGAUUUGGGGAGAAAACCUCUUAAGAUCUUGGUCCAAGUCAACACAAGUGGAGAAGAAUCCAAAUUUGGAGUAGAUCCCUCAGGGUGUGCGGGAUUAGCAAAACAUGUCAAAUUAAGCUGCCCAAAUCUUGUAUUUUCUGGUUUGAUGACAAUUGGGAUGCUUGAUUAUUCCUCAACUCCGGAGAAUUUCAAGGCACUCGCUAGCUGCCGGAAGGAGGUAUGCAACGAGCUUGGAAUACCAGAAGAGCAGUGUGAGUUAUCAAUGGGCAUGUCUGCUGAUUUUGAGCAAGCGAUUGAAAUGGGCAGCACAAAUGUCAGAGUUGGAUCAACUAUAUUUGGUGCAAGAGAAUACCCAAAGAAGAAUUAGGAUAACUAUAUAUUUCAGGUUUUGUUGUGGCACUGCCUGCAUAGAAUAUGUACGAUUCUCAUCUAGAAAUAAAAUAUUGGUGAUAAAUAUGUAUCCAGUUCCUCCAACAUUCCGCUUUGAUUUUUUUCACAAUGUGUCAUUAAUAAAACUACU